AUGGCUUCUCCGCGCGUAUACUUCCCCGCUUCAUCUCCGCGCAGCUUCGCGCCAACCACCCCCACUAGCCAGCUUCUAGGGGACUCCUCCGUAACCCAAGGAUCAGGAGGUGGCAGUUCGGUGGGGUUAGAGGAGCUUCAAGAUGCGUACUUGUCGGAGCUGCUCUCCUACAGCCUGGAUCGAUUGAACAAGGAACCAGAGCUGCUGCGCGCCGAUGCGGAGAGGGUGCAGCGGCAGAUGCAGGAGGUGGCGGUGGCGCAUUACCGCGCGUUCAUCACCGCCGCUGACGCCAUCCGGUCCAUCCACCGCGAGAUCAACUCCGUCGAUCAACACCUGGGGUCUCUGGUGUCGGGGAUCCCUAAGCUAACCACCGGGUGCAAUGAGUUUCUGGAAGAGGCUCAGGGGGUGAUGGAGAAGAGACGGCUGAACAAGACAAUGCUUGCCACCCACCCCACGCUCAUGGACCUUCUAGAGAUCCCACAGCUCAUGGACACCUGUGUGCGCAACGGCAACUACGACGAGGCCUUGGACCUGGAGGCGUUCGUUGCGAAGCUCGCCACCACGCAUGCCAAGCUGCCUGUGAUUCAGCAGCUGGCGGUGGAAGUGAGGCACACCACGCAGGCCAUGCUAUCACAGCUGCUGCUUCGACUGCGCUCCAACAUCCAGCUGCCCGAGUGUCUGCGUGUGAUUGGCUAUCUACGGCGCCUGGCGGUUUUCUCUGAAACAGAGAUGCGACUUCAGCCCUCUCCUCCUGUCUGUCUACCUCCUCCUCCCCACCUCUCGUACCCUUUCUUCCCGCGCUCCCCGUCCUUCUCUCCCCCCUUUCAGUUCCUGCGGUGCAGGGAGGCGUGGCUGGGGGAGGUGGUAUCUGAGCUGGACCCGGCCUCCCCCUACGACUAUCUGAAGCGCCUCACCGACUGCCACCGCGUGCACCUCUUUGACGUCGCCACGCAGUACCACGCCAUCUUCGCCCACCACUCCUCCUCAUCCCCAGAUUCAUCGAACCUGGACGAGGAUUCGGCCGCGCUCGCGGCUCUGCUAGGGGACGGGGGAUACUGUGGCAUGAGUCUUGGCCGAGUGGGGCUGGACCUCAGAGGCCUCUGUCGAGUUGACCCAAAAUACUGUGGCAUGAGUCUCGGUCGAGUGGGGCUGGACCUCAGAGGCCUCCUGCCUCCCCUCUUUGAAUCACCUCACUUCUUCAUCAUCGUAUCAUCACUCCCACCACUCCCACCGCGCUCAUUACUCUCUCAUGCUUCUCACGUCGUGCUUCCAAUCACCCCGCUCAGGUGUGUGCUGCGGAUGUUUCAGCGCAACAUCUCCUUUGCGGUUGACUCCUUCCAUCAUGUGUUGGAGACGCACAGAUGGGUCUUCCUGCCCUCCAUGGGCUCUGCUGCUCGCAUGGGCCUGGGCCUGGAUAGUGACUCCCUUGAUCCUUUCUCCUCUCCCCUCAUUUCCACCCUGCCCCCCCGCCUCCUUCCUAUCCCCCUCCACACAGCAUGUCAUGUGUUGGAGACGCACAGAUGGGUACCUCUCCCCUCCAUGGGCUCCGCUGCUCGCAUGGGCCUGGGAGGUCAAUCCCUUGAUGACGUGGCGCCACCCUAUUCGCUCAUGGAGCACCCACCACUGGCCGCCUUCGUGAAUGGCAUACUGGCAGCGCUGAACGAGUUAAGGCACUGUGCGCCAACCUCCCUGAAGCAGCAGCUGGCAGGGGAGGUGGAGCGGGCGCUGGCAGUGGUGGCGGGGUCACUGGGGCGCUACAGUCACACGCACAUAGUCAAGGACUCCGAGGCUGCUCUCUUUAUUAGCACGUGCAAGGCGUUUGUCGAGGUGAGUGAGAGUGUGUUUUUAGAUGCCACGGCGCUAACACUGGUGGUGGCGGGGUCGAAGGUGGUGUGCCCCUACGUGGCUGUGUGCUUCUCCCGCUGCUACGGCUCCCCUGCCACUCUCGUUUCCACACAAGCAGCCUGCGAGCCUGUGAAGCAACUCAUUCUUGCCUCCAUGCCACCUGCUGCCGCUGCCGAUGCUGAUGCCGAUGCUGCUGGGGUGGAUGAGGGGCAGGAGGGGGGGGAGGCGGCAGAGGGAAGGAGAGGAGAUGGGGAGGCUGGGGAAGGAGAGGGGGGUAAAGGGGAGGAGAAGGUGGGUGAGGGUGUGAGGGAUGGUAGUGGAGGUGAAAAUGUUUCCACUGAUGGUGAUAUGGCGCCUGAUGGCCAAUCAGUAGCAGGAGGGGGAAGUAGAGGAGAGGGGGGAGCAGCAGGAGGUGAAGGGACAUCCGUGCAAGAGUUGAAAGCAGCCGCACCUGUAGGCCCCUUAGUGGGGCCUGACUUAUCAGCAGCCAUGAGCCUUUUGGAGAUUAAGUAUGUCCCGCGGCCUCCGGCAAUUGGACAGGGGUGCAAUCUGGAUUCCAUGAUUCUGCCGGAGGCCGAGGAGGUGCCCCACUUGCGCGAGUUGGACUUUUGCGUGAACGCGGAUUUCGUGCACAUAGAGAACAAGUACGGCACCUUCAUCUGCGAGCCGCACCUCUCCUUCCCCAACCAAGUCUUCCCCUCCAACCCCUCAGACGCCCCUCCUGGGAGCUACAGGCAGAAUGGAGGGGAGGAGGAACCGGAGGACCCUUAUGUCGGGGAUAGGUCAAUGGACGAGGUUAGUGUGCGGUGCUGGGCUAAAGGACACUACGGGGGGUCGACCAUAAUGGCGUACGAUCCGCUCUUCAACUGGGACUCGGAGCGCGCUGCUGUCAUCGGCCACCGCCUGCCCAUCCGCCCCAUCACCUCGCCCUCCGUAGGUACACGUUUCUCAGUGCGCAUCCUGGGCCUGACGGUGCAGGCAGGGCUGGUGGAGCCAGUGAGCGGCACCAUGUGCCUGUACCACGCCGAGCGCCGGGAGAAGGCCUCCGAGGACUUCCACUUCCAGUUCCUGCCGGCGCAGUGGGAGGGCGAGAGCACGUCCCCGGACACGAGAGCCAUCUUCUCAGUGGACAAGGAGUCGGCGGCGCUGUGCCUGUUGGUGCAGCUCGACAAGGCUGCCAGCGAGGAGAGCGUGAACGGGAUCAAACCGGCUGUGUAUACUCGCAAGGACCCGCCCACCCUGACGGACAAGGAAGCAGCGCGCCUGUCAGAGUGGGCACAAGUCAUGCCCUUCCGAGAGCCCCUCGCGUGGAUCACCAUCCCCCUCUUUGAUUCGUCUGUCACCGGCGGAGUGGGGGGCUUCGGAGCCUCGGGAGGCGGCAGCUCAGGGGGAGGGUCGUCAGGGAGCCUGGGGGGAGGCGGGGGCGUGCUGGGGGUGGAAGGGGGAGGCAUGGGGGGAGGGGCGGGGUCGAGUCCGGUGGUGGAUAGCAAUGGGGUGCGCGUGCCAGCUUAUGAGCUGGGGGGGCCACCAGUGCAGAUUGACAUUCCCACGUUGAAUCGCGCCAAGGAGUGUUAUACUGAUGACCAACUGCUGGACCCCAAGAAGAAGGCGCAGAAGCCAGUGCGCGUCUCCAUGCACUUCGAGGUGGAAAGACUACCCGGGGCGAGGACAAUUGGAGCCCGUUCCCCUCUCAUCCACCACUUCAACCACUUCCGUUUUCCCACUCUUCCCUUCUCCCUCCCCCUUGGUCCCCCACUCUUACAACCCCAGGACCCCAAAAAGAAGGCGCAGAAGCCAGUGCGCGUCUCCAUGCACUUCGAGGUGGAGAGGCUACCCGGAGGGGCGGCAGGGGGGGCGGCAGCGGGCGGCAGUGUGACGCCGCGGUCCCUCAGCAGCAGCGCGUCACAGAGGGGUGUGAACCGGGCGCGGUCGCAGGACUCCAUGACCUCAGACCUGGACGAUGUUAACAUGGUGCCAAGGAGCCUUUCGGUUUCUAGGUUCCUCUCCGGUGUGAGUUCCUCUGUGCCUGCAGCCUCCUCUGCUGCUUCUUCUUUCCUCUCUGCCUCCCAUGCACUUCCAGACACAGACUUACACGUUCCAGGCGAUAGACUUCACGGACAUGGUUCUCGCGGAGCCCUUCACGCGCCUCGUGCAUCUGCUCUUUCCCUCCUUCCCUGCCCCACCUCUGCAGCUCAAAUGACUUCUUUCCCUUCCACUUCUCCCUCACCUCCCCCUAUCCCCACCCACCAGUUCCAGGCGAUAGACUUCACGGACAUGUUCCAGGCGAUAGACUUCACGGACAUGGUCAGGGCGGAGCCCUUCACGCGCCUGGUGCAUCUGCUCUUCGUGUAUCCGCAGCAGGUCGCGCUGCCCAAGAAGCUCAACCUCUUUGUGCGCACCGAGCUGCGGGCAGAUGACCUCGACAUCCAACGGCCGUCAAUGGAGGUGAGUCGCAAUUCGACGGCUGUGAGUGGGCCAUGCAGCAAGCCAGCAUCGCAGCAGCAGGCGGCGCUGCCCAAGAAGCUCAACCUCUUCGUGCACACCGAGCUACAGGCCGACGAUCUCGACAUCCAACGGCCGUCCAUGAAGGCCAUCUUUCCCAAAGAGCGCAAUGGUCCCAUGCUGCGUACAGCCUCAACUCAAGUGGUGCAGGGCGCACGGCCGGCUCUCUUCCAUGACGAGGCCAUCUUUCCCAAGGAGCGCAAUGGUCCCAUGCUGCGUACAGCCUCCACCCAGGUGGUGCAGGGAGCACGGCCGGCACUGUUCCAUGACGAGGUCAAGAUGCAGCUGCCUGCCUCUGUGACGCCAGCACACCAUCUGCUCUUCACCUUUUUCCACAUUGACCUCUCCCUGCGCUCCGAACGACCCAAGCCGGUGAGUGGGGGUACAGAGCACAGGGUGGCAGUGGGAUAUGCAGUCAUGCCUCUUGCUGCUGCUCUACAGGCGUUCAAAGCGGAGGUGAAUCUGCCCAUAUCCAAGGACCUGCAGCCGCGCUACCUGCAAGAGAGCACCAAGGUGCCUCCAGCAUGGUGUGGAGAAAGGGGCGCCCUCAAGGUGCCCCACGGCAGAGGUUCCAUCAAUGCGCUCAAGACGGCGCCCCUUGUCUCGCGGCUGACCUACUGGGAGGAAGGGAGGCCGAUAUUCCGAGUCCGCACUCGCCUCUUCUCGUCGCUCCUCCCACUCUCCGACCGCCUGCGCGACUUCUUCCACCAGUUCGACCGCCACAUGCUGGAGGCGCCCCUGCCGAGAGAGGACCUGCUGGAGGCAAUCAACGCGCUCAAGACGGUGGACGUGGUGGUGCUCAUGCAGUUCCUCUACCCGCUGCUCAACAUGCUGCUCUGCAUGAUCGGCAACGGCGUUGAGACGCUGCAGGUGGCUGCUUUUCGAGCCAUGAUCAACAUCGUCUCUAGGUGGGUACUAGUCAAGGCGGUGGACGUGGUGGUGCUCAUGCAGUUCCUCUACCCGCUGCUCAACAUGCUGCUCUGCAUGAUCGGCAACGGCGUGGAGACGCUGCAGGUGGCGGCUUUUCGAGCCAUGAUCAACAUCGUCUCCAGAGGGCACCGCAGUCGCUUCCUCGUGCACUUUGUCUCGACUUCAUCGUUGGCUCUCCCAUCCCUUUGUCUCACCCCUCGGCCACUCCAACCCGCCCUCCUCUCACAAAGCAGAGUGCACCUGGAGCUGGCACCACAGACUGGCUCAGCCCCCAUGGAGCGCAGUCGCGCUUUGCCGACUUCAUUUCUAGUGCAGCUGGAGUUGGCACCACAGGCAGGUGCAGCCGCCAUGGAGCGGAGCCGCUUCCUUGUGCACUUUGUCAACUUCGUCUUUCACUCUCUCCCUCUCUUCGUCUCACCCCUCCCCAUUUCCACGUGUGUAGUGCAGCUGGAGCUGGCACCUCAGACUGGCUCGGCCCCCAUGGAGCGGAGCCGCUUCCUCGUGCACUUUGUCGACUUCAUAUUUGACGAUCUCGGUCGCAACCAGCCGCCUGUGUACCCGGGUCUCAGCAACGUGUGGCGCAGCCUUGCACGCAGCAAGUCGAGAGGGUUCCGAGUGGGGCCGGUGUACGCAGAGGCGCUGCAGAUGGCGUGGUUUGUGCUUCUCACUCUCACGUGCUUUUUGUCGAGAGGGUUCCGAGUGGGGCCGGUGUAUGCAGAGGCGCUGCAGAUGGCGUGGUUUGUGCUGGAGCUCAUUGUUAAGUCCAUGGACCUGGAGCUUGCUCAGGUGCCGCAAGGUGAGCUGCGGUACAGUGUGGUGAAAUGGGAUACUGCAUGCUGUUUGAGUCUGUGCUGGCCGCCGUGCACGAGAAUGCUGUUUCCAACUAACCCCCCUCGUCCAUUUUCCCCCCUUCUCCACCCCCCCGCCCCCAACUCCUCCCUCUCCUCCCCCCAUCCCCCGCGCAUAACAACACCAGGGGAUGAGAUUGCGCGCCUAAGGCAAGAAAACGAGGUGUUUCUGUGCAUCCGGCAGCUCUUUGAGUGCGUGCUGGCCGGCCGAGGGGACGAGAUUGCGCGCCUAAGGCUAGAGGACGAGGUGUUUCUGUGCAUCCGGCAGCUCUUUGAGUGCCUGCUGGCCGAGGUGCACGAAAAGGCAGUCUCCGACCCACCCCUCGCCAAGAGCCUCAGCUCCUCCAUCUCCUUCUUCUGCUACGACCUCAUCUCUGUCGUGGAUCCGCCGCAAGUCUUUGAGCUGGUGGGUCUGUUCCUCUCGCAGUUUGUGGGGGUGUGUCCGCCCAUGCAGCACAUGUUCAAGCUGCACUUCCCUUCCUCCCUCUCCAUCUUCCCCUUCCAUUGCCCUCGGCCUACCCUCAUUCACUACAGGAACUAUCUGACAACAGUGCUGCUCAAGGACCUUUUUGUGAGCCUCGACCACGAGGACCCCAGUCAGCGAUCGCUGGCUGCGCGCAUGCUAGCCUUCCAGGUGGCGAAGCACGAGUACGAUGCGCGGUACCAGCAGCCGGAGCUGAAGCUGUACAUAGCGCAGCUCUACAUGCCCAUCGUCAACAUGAUCCUGGACGAGGUCGAAACAUUCCACACUCUAGGGGUCAUUCAGAGGAGGCAGAUCCUCGUGGUGAUGCUCACAGUGGUGCGCAACCUGGAUAAUGAGACGCUGCUCAAGGCGUGGAAGCAGAGCGACGUGCGCACUCGCCUCUUCUUCACGCUCCUGCAGCAGGCCCUCGUGCUCUUCCAGCACCCCCCCCAGCUGACAGCUGGCAGCAAGCCCCGCCCCGCUGCCACCAAAUCCAGCCCCGCCACGUCAGCACCCGCCGACGCCACGCUGGCAGUGGAGCCUCCACCAAUCCCGAUGUACUCGGACCGAGUCUCCCUGGCAACCAAUGACCAGCUGGACGAGAUGGGCCGGGCAGAUCCCAAGGCCUUGCUGGAAAGGGAGCAGAUAAUCCGAAAGGUCACGGGCGGCGCCGUGUCGGGCGGCAAGGGGUCGGCGGUUUCGCUCAGGGAUGUGCUCGCUCGGUCAAGAAUGCCGCCCAAAGAUGCCAUGGCGCUGAUGAGACAAAACUUGCCGCCCAGCGCUUCUGCCAAGCUGCUGGUGUGGGAAGCCAGCGUGGCGGCAUGGUGUGCCGUGCAGGUGUUGGAGGUGGUGGAGAAGUUCAGUGACAUGGCGGCUGAUGGACUUGUGGCCACCGACUAUCAAACCAUGGACUGCCUCACUGGCCCUCUCUCCGUCAUGCUCGCGCUGCCCCAGCCAAUGAGCUUCUGGGAGCCCUUCGUGCCGGCCUUCGCCGAAAUGCUGCGCCUGCACGGAAAGGCCAUGCUCGACGGCCCGCCCUCUGCUGCCGCGGCUGACACUGCUGACAGUGGCGGGGCAGCAGCUAAGGGGGGCGACGUGCUGCUCAAGGGCCUGUUUGGCAGCCUGCUGAAGCAGAUGGCCCUCCGCCCCGAGUUCAUCAGGAAGAGAGCUCUGCUCUGCCUGCUGCUGCUCCUGCGCAACGCCCUGCUGCACAUGAAGGAUGUGGAGCGCCUCAGAGUCAUCCUCACAGUCGCCCUCUCGGAGAACGCCCUGCUGCACAUGAAGGACGUGGAGCGCCUUCGAGUCAUCCUCACAGUCGCUCUCUCAGAGGUCCUAUCCCACAUGCGCCUCCUGCACGCGCCCUCGCCCUCCCCCGCCCCCGCCUCUCGCUCCUCCAGCGCCUCUAGCAUCGCUUCUGCUGCUGGCGGUGGGGGAGGGGGCGCUGGGGAACUGGUAGAAUCCGCAGAGGUUGAGAAACUGAGGCUUUCGCUGGAAGAGCUUGGGACGGAGGAUAAGUGGUUUCAGCUGCUGGAUGAGUGUGGGUUACCGUCGAUCUGCCUGGAGAUUGUGGUGGAGGAGGAUGAGGAAAAGGAGGAGGAGGAGGAGGAUGAGGAGGACGAGGAGGAGGAGUAUGAGGAGUGGGAUGAAGGGGGGAGUGUGAUGGUGGGGAGGAGGAGGAAGAGGGAGAGGGACAGGUGGACGUGGGCGAAUGUGGAGGAGACUCAGGACAUGCUGCUCACAGUGGUGGAUGCGGCAUCACAGCACGAACAGCUGGUGAGCUUCGUUUCACAAGCAACUGGGUACUCUUUGUCUUUCAUAAAAUCACCUCAAUGGACGUGGGCGAAUGUGGAGGAGACUCAGGACAUGCUGCUCACAGUGGUGGAUGCGGCAUCACAGCACGAACAGCUGAUGGAGGGGCUGAAAACAUCCAACGACAAGUAUGCAAUUGUGGAGAGUUACUACAUCCUUGCACAGGCGUACGGGCACGUGCCCGAUCUGUACAUCAUGUGGAUGCUGCACCUCUGUGACGCGCACCAGGAGAUGAACCAGUGGGCUGAGGCCGCUCAGUGCGCCGUUUCUGUAGCUGGCAUUGUCAUUCGGGGGUUGCAAAUAGCGUCGGAGGAACCAGUGUGGGACGAGGAGCACCUGGAAGUGCUGUGGAGCAUCUGCCCCUUGGCCCGUCACCAGUGGCGCGCGCGGGCCUUCUCCUCCCAGUCAGGGUUCGGGGCGGCGCGGGUGACUGUGGAGGGGGCGGUGCAGCACGUGCAGCGGGCGAGCAACCUGUUCUACAAGGCGGAGCUCUUCCACUUCUGCGCUCUCAUGCUCUCCCUGCUGCUGCCGCUCCACCGCACCCGCCACGACUACAAGCAGCUGACCAAGACGCACAACAAGAUCGCGUCCAUCUAUGAGAACGUGGAGCAGCAGGAGACGAGCCCCAUCCCCUUCAAGGACGCCUGCUACUAUCGAGUCGGCUUCUAUGGGGAACGCUUCCGAUACAUCGAUGGCAGGGAAUUCAUCUAUCGAGAGCCUCGAGACGUGCGGCUGGGAGACAUAAUGGAGAAGCUCAAAGCACUCUAUGACGCCCGCUCACCCGACGAGGAGCCCCUGCAGAUCAUCCAGGACUCACGCCAAGUGGACCCUGCCGCCCUCAAGCCGAACCUAGUCUACAUGCAGAUCACCGCCGUCGAACCUGUGGUAGGUGCGGGGGAGGAUCGGUGGCUCGGCAGACCUCUCGAGCCGCCGAUUGCCGGGACUCCCACGUUCAGUUGUUUCUUUUUUGACACGCCGUUUACGCCGAAUGGGAAGCAGCAGGGGCGGAUGGAGGAUCAGUGGAAGAGACGAACGCUGCUGUACACGCAGAGCACGCUCCCGAGCCUGAUUAGCCGGCAGCCGGUGGUUCGGUCGGAGGUUCGGGAGUACUCCCCGAUCCAGUGCGCUGUGGAGAUUAUUGAGUCUCGGUCGUUUGCACUAGAGGCCGAAAUGGCCAGCCAGUUGGGGGAUUCUGGGGCGGCAGGGGCGGCGGGAGGGCCGGCUGGAAAGAAGGAUCCGGCAGCGGUUGUAGCUGCAGCAAUGGCAGCAGGUUCUGGGCCGCUACAGCUGCCGCGGUUACAAACGCUGCAGCGGUUACUGCAGGGGAGUGUGGCGCUGCAGGUUAACAGUGGUGUGCUGGGGGUGUGUAUGGCGUUUUACCAGGCGAAUCCCCAGGGGGCUAAUCCGAGGGCCAAGGAUCCGGAGAAAUUACAGCCGUCGGAAUUGGAGAUGUUGACGUCUGCGAUCGUGCGGUUUGUGGUGGUGUGUAAGCGAGCGGUAGUGGUGCAUGGGAGGGCGGUGACGGAAGAGGAUAGGGAUUUCCAGGAGCAGCUGGAGCAGAGCUUAGAAGACCUGGAGAAGGAGAUUUCAGCUUUCAUUCCAGGGCUAAGGAAACGAGCAUCGGCUUACUAA